AUGCCAGUCUUCGCUCCAGGUCCACAUGAGACCCACACAUGGACUCUUCCAGUCUGGGAUGUUAUCUUCGAUCGAUUGACAAGUGGAAAGGUUACCAGUCCUCAUCUCAAUAUGGGCAGCGGCAAGCCGCUUUCACAUCGUACGGCUAAGCAACAGAUCGACUGGGCUACCAAGCUUGAUUUGAGUUCUCUUAACCAAAAGACCAUUGACAAAAUUUUGAAUAGAUUCUUCGGUUUCUCCGCAGGGACGCAGUAUCUUGAGGAGAGCAAGAUUCAUGUCCUACACCAAUUGGGCGAGAAACAUGCGCCUCUUCAUAAGAAAGUCGAAGGUUGGUUGAGCAAACGAGAAACCAGGGACGAAUUCCACUCCAGGAUCGAAUUUUACUCCAGUUAUCGAGAUGCCAUGGAUAACCUGGAGAAAGUGAUGAUCUGGCCAAGAGCAAUAGACAGUCUCCCUUUCAAGACAAACAUCACGUACGACGUCGCAGUGAAAUGUUCAGGAUGUUUCCAAUUUCUCUGCAAGAAAAAGCUUGCCUCGAUUGAAGGCUAUGACCUUUCCGGUCGGAAUUGGCUGGAGGCAGCUUUUGUCGGUGAGAACACUGAGUUACUUACGUACCUUGCCACCAAUAUGGACCCAAGAGAUAUGAUCAAGCCAAGAGAUAUCAAAAUCAAUGACCAAGCCGAAACUCACAUUCUUAUUGCUUUCCUGAGGUACAACGCCUAUGAGGCAUUUGAGAUCGCACUUGAUAGAAUGACCGAUGACUGGACUGUUAAAUCUGACAAACUGAAAGAGAUAUUUGACCCGGCCACAAUGAGCGAGCUGUGCGCCAUCGCUCCACCAUCCGUUGCAAAGGCCCUUUAUUCCAAGGGGAUCAAUAUUGGCAAUGUCGAAUGUGAAGACCACCCAGUCGGCGCGCAGCUUGAGAGUUCCUGGCAUAUGGCAGCAGCGUUUAAUCCCGAAGCGCUUGCCAUGGUCAAAUGGCUCGACAAAUUUUCCACUCUCACCCCCAAUGUUCGGAACAAUUACAACCAGACCCCUCUGAUGUACGCCGCGAACUUCGAGCAGCCAGGAGCCAUUGCAUGGCUCUGCGAAAACAGCGACCUCACACUUUCCCGAUUUGAAGACGGACCACCAGGGUAUGCUUUACUCUGCGCCGCCGAAAGCUGUUUUGAAAACAGUGUGGAGAUCUUCUCAAUCAUCCUCGACAAAAUGCCAAAGCAGAUCAUGAGCAUCGAGUACGGCAAGACAUGCGGUACACAAAUCGCCGCUGGCCUUGUCCGACACCGAGAAAAUCUAAGUACUGGGCAGGUCAAGGCACCCGGCCUGCGGGAAGUAGAGCGCCAGCAGGUGUACAAAAUGCAAGCACUCGUACGCCGACUCCCCAGCAACUGGCCGGGAAGCACAUGGCAUCUUGCAUUGGAGGCUUAUGCGAACGAUAAUGGCGUGGGUGUGCUGAAGCAUAGUAUGGGAACCGAGACGCGACGCACGCGUAGUAAUUCUACAAGGAGGAGGCGCGCUAUGAGGGUCACGAGAGAGGCUCUGGGUAUUGAAGAUGAGGAUGAUCAUUAUAACUCAGCUGCCAGUGGUAACAGCAGUCUUUCCUACUCGACUACAUCGACAUUGUACCCUCGCCACCAUUCCAAAAAUAGAUAUGCGUCGCGGUCUCGAAGUCGUGGAAGGCAAGGUAUUCUGAGUAAAAGUCGGGACGCAGGUAACAGGAUUUCCAAGAUGUUGCGCUGGAGGUAG